UAUCGUGUCAUCUGCUUUGGAGUGCAAUAUUACGUGUCAAAGUAGUCGGUUUAAGAGCAAUGACCUAAUUGUAACUGAAACGGUGAAACCCCCUCCACGUGUGCACGAACUGCCAACUGGAAUUUCCUGUUGUUUCGAUGCCGCUCUUCCGUUUUGGGGAGGGACAAAGGAGUCAGAAGCCGAGUACGAAACUAACACUCAAGGGAACAGCUCCAGUGGCCGACGUGGCAGACAAGAAAGGGGAAUUAUGGAAAGCAUAUCCAUCCUUGCAGUCGUCGCCAUCGGCGUAAUUACUGUUUGUCAGGCUAGUGAAACAACCGUUACCAAAAAGGUCUACUUUGAUAUCAACAUCGGGGAUGAAUCAGCUGGUCGCAUUGUUAUUGGUCUGUUUGGAGAAACAGUACCCUUAACGACUGACAACUUUUUACAAUUGGCAACUGGCUCAAGAGGAUUUGGCUAUUCUGGCAGUAUCUUCCACAGAGUCAUCAAGGACUUCAUGAUUCAAGGUGGAGACUUUGUGAAUGGAGAUGGAUCUGGAAGCAAAAGUAUUUAUGGAGAUAAUUUUGAGGAUGAAAACUUCACAUUACGUCACUACGGUCCAGGUUGGGUCAGCAUGGCUAACUCAGGCCCUAACACUAAUGGCUGCCAGUUUUUCAUCUCCACCGUGACGACCCCCUGGCUGGAUGGCCACCAUGUUGUGUUUGGCAAGGUCAUCGAAGGCAUGAAUGUUGUGAGGGCCAUUGAAAACACAGCAACUGAUGCCUAUGACAAGCCCACAGAAGAUGUCACAAUUACUGGAAGUGGAGAACUACCUCUGACCGAUGGACCAUUUGAUGAAGAGAAAGUAUAGACUGGUUAAGCCAUGAAAUCCCUCCAUCUUUACCUAUGCAAGAUAAUGUUUGAUCAUUGUCAUACGUGUGAAUGAUAUAUAAGCGUGUGUCUGUGUAUGUGCUGUGGUUAAGGGCUGCUAUGCUUUCAAGAGUUGUCUCCCCUAUAUUUUGCCCCUUUAUUCUUUUUUUAUCGCAAGAUAUAAAUGACAUAUACAUGAUUUCAGCUGGAAUGUUUUAUUUUCUAUUUAUGAACUAACUUACUGUUUAAGUGUCAGUUACAGAACUUUUUUAAGGAUUGACAUUAUUUUCAAAUGAAUUGAAAACAAACAUGAAAACUGUGAAUCAACAGGAACCAAAUUACCAUUGUUUAUGGAACUAAGAGGCAUAACAUAAGUAGUCAAGUGGUCUUGGCAAUAAUGUUUUAUAUUUUCAUGUUAUGUAGGCCAUGAACUGUUCUCAGCCAAUCAAAUUGAUGUAGGUUAAUAAGAAUUUAUUUAUUCUGAGUAUUAUGUUUCUGUUGUGCAGAGAUUGAGCAAAGGCUUCCUAUGACAAACACUAUGCGAACAAGUGUAAAGUGCCAAAUAACUGUGCCAAACAUUGUCUCACAAGUUAUGCUGAACAAUGAUGUUAUGACUGUUAUCACCCAUAUACUCAACAAUUAUAUUAAGACUGUUAUAUCACACAUACAUAUCAGCCAAUACUGGUAUAUUUAAGUUUGCUGAAUUUGAAUGUAUGGCUUCUUGUUGGUGUUUCUUAAAUUAGUAUUACUUUACAUGGUGUGAACGUGUGAAAUAUAAUGCAAUGUCUCAAAUGUGUUCAUGUAUUUGUUCAUGUAAUAAAGCACAUCCUUAAAUAA